AGAUGUUUAGUUAAGAUUGCUUCUUCCUCUUACUUUGGUUAAAUUAUGUCCAAUGAAAAAUAUUGUGAGUGGGGGAAACAUGGGCAAAAUGUUACUUAUUUAGGCGCAUUUGAACGUCUAUUAAGCAAGUAAACUGUUUACACAGGAGGCGGCUAUCUCCCAUCGUAGAACAUCUCCAGUGUCAAUGUCAAAUGAUCCUGGAUCAGCGGUAUACGCUCGGUCUACCUCUAAAAUCCACUCAGACCGGAGGAGAAAGCCGAGACUGGGAUAAGGAAGCCGGCGAGAAAAGUCCGCUAAUGAGGAUUGAAAUCACUCACAGAGCACAACCGUUUCCAGCAUGAAUUCCCUUACAGGACGGACCGCGUCGCUUCUCUUCAGACGUGCUGCGACAGCGGCCAGUGUGCCCUCCUUUCAGGCGGUGAGGGUCUGCCAUGGCGAGGCGAGUCGCAAACGCAGCGUUAGCACCAAGAAGCGCGGCUAUGACAUCACCAGGAACCCUCACCUGAACAAGGGAAUGGCGUUCACCUUAGAGGAGCGCUUACAGCUGGGCAUCCACGGCCUGCUGCCCCCUUGCUUCCUGUCCCAGGAUGUCCAAGUGCUCCGUGUCAUGAAGAGCUACGAAACACGCUCGAAUCCUCUGGACAAGUACAUCCUGCUGAUGACACUGCAGGACAGGAACGAGAAGCUGUUCUAUCGAGUGCUGACCUCUGACAUCGAGGAGUUCAUGCCCAUCGUGUACACGCCCACUGUGGGCUUGGCCUGCCAACAGUACGGCCUGGCCUUCAGGAGGCCGCGAGGACUCUUCAUCACCAUUCAUGACAGAGGCCACAUUGCCACCGUGCUCAACUCCUGGCCUGAAGAGGAUAUUAAGGCGAUCGUGGUGACAGACGGCGAGCGAAUUCUCGGCCUGGGCGACCUGGGCGGCUACGGCAUGGGCAUUCCCGUCGGGAAGCUGGCACUCUACACGGCCUGCGGUGGAGUACGGCCGCAACAGUGCCUUCCCGUGUUGUUGGACGUGGGCACGGACAACCAGAACCUGCUCGACGACCCCUUGUACAUCGGCCUGAAGCACAAAAGGAUCCGGGGAAAGGAAUACGACGCACUUGUCGACGAGUUCAUGCAGGCGGUGACGGACAAGUACGGCAUGAGCUGCCUGAUCCAGUUUGAGGACUUCGCCAACAGCAACGCUUUCCGAAUCCUCAACAAGUACAGGAAUCGCUACUGUACCUUCAACGACGACAUCCAAGGCACGGCCUCUGUCGCUGUCGCCGGGCUCUUGGCGGCUUUGAAGAUCACCAAAAACAAACUGCUAGACCACACCUUCGUUUUCCAGGGCGCCGGCGAGGCUGCUCUGGGGAUCGCUCACCUGCUGAUAAUGGCCAUGGCCAAAGAGGGCGUGUCCCAGGAAGAAGCCGCCAAAAGGAUCUGGAUGGUGGACUCCAAAGGUCUCAUCGUCAAGGGGAGAAGUCAUCUGAACCACGAGAAGCAGGAGUUUGCGCAUGAGCAUCCUCACCUGAAGACCCUAGAGGAGGUGGUGCACACAAUCAAACCCACCGCCAUCAUCGGAGUCGCCGCCAUCGCAGGGGCGUUCACCGAGAAGAUCAUUAAAGACAUGGCGUCUUUCAACGAGCGGCCCAUCAUCUUCGCCCUGAGUAACCCCACCAGCAAGGCCGAGUGCACGGCGGAGCAAUGCUACACGCUCACCCAGGGCAGAGGCAUCUUCGCCAGCGGGAGUCCCUUCGACAAGGUGACGCUGGCCGACGGCCGCACCUUUUACCCCGGACAAGGAAACAACGCCUACGUCUUCCCCGGGGUGGCGCUGGGGGUCAUAGCCUGCGGAGUUCGCCACAUAUCAGACGACAUCUUCCUGACUACAGCAGAGGCCAUCGCCGACAUGGUGACGGAGGAGCACUUGGCCGAGGGACGACUCUACCCUCCUCUCAACUCCAUCAGGGAGGUGUCCUUUAAGAUUGCAGUCAAGGUGGUCAACCACGCGUACACACACAACAUGGCGUCGCUGUACCCCGAGCCCAAGGACAAGGAGGCGUUUGUCCUCUCUCACAUCUACAGCCCCGACUACGACUCCUUCACGCUGGACACGUACUCUUGGCCGCAGGAAGCCAUUAACGUACAGGAUGUGUGACGUCAUCACGUGCGACCAGUACACCUGCUGCGCUUCUUCUGGGUACUUUUCUACUGACUCGCCAUCUUUACAGCGCAAGUGAAACAAGUGGUCUGAAAGGCAGCAAAGAAAAAAAGUGCAUUGAAUACCAUACAAACAAACAUAAACAACUAGUUGUUGAUUUAAAUACCGUACAACGUCAACAAGUAGCUGUUGAUGUAAAUCCGUACAACCUAAACAACUAGGUGUUGGUUUAACUAUUGAACAACUAGAUGUUGAUUUAAUACUGAACAACAUAAACAACUAGCUGCUGGUUUAAAUACUGAAAAACAUCAACAAUUAGCUCUUGAUGUAAUUCCAUACAACAAACAACUAGGUGUUGGUUUAAAUACUGAACAACAUAAACUACUAGAUGUUGAUUUAAUACAAUACAACAUAAACAACCAGCUGUUCGUUUAAAUACUGAACAACAAACUACUAGAUGUUGAUUUAAUACAAUACAACAUAAACAACUAGCUGUUGGUUUAAAUACUGAACAACAUAAACUACUAUGUUGAUUUAAUACCAUACAACAUAAACAAUUAGCUGUUGGUUUAAUACCAUACAACAUAAACAACUAGCUGUUGGUUUAAAUACUGAACAACAUAAACAACUAGCUGUUGGUUUAAUAGUGUACAUCAAAAACAAUUAGCUGUUGGUGUGAAUACCGUACAACACAAACAACUAGCUGUUGAUGUAAGUAUUGUACAACAUCUACAACUAGCUCUUGGUUUAAAUAACAUACAACACAAACAACUAGCUGUUGAUGUUAGUAUUGUACAAUAUAAACAACUAGCUGUUGGUUUAAAUACUGUACAACAUAAACAACUAGCUGUUGGUUUAAUACCGUACAACAACAACUAGCUGUUGAUGUAAGUGCUGUACAAUAUAAACAACUAGCUGUUGGUUUAAAUACUGUACAACAUAAACAACUAGCUGUUGGUUUAAAUAACAUACAACAUCAACAACUAGCUGUUGGUUUAAAUAACAUACAACACAAACAACUAUCUGUUGAUGCAAGUAUUGUACAAUAUAAACAACUAGCUGUUGGUUUAAAUACUGUACAACAUAAACAACUAGCUGUUGGUUUAAAUAACAUACAACAUCAACAACUAGCUGUUGGUUUAAAAAACAUACAACAUCAACAACUAGGUGUUGGAUUAAAUAACAUACAACACAAACAACUAGCUGUUGAUGUAAGUGCUGUACAAUAUAAACAACUAGCUGUUGAUUUAAAUACUGUACAACAUAAACAACUAGCUGUUGGUUUAAAAAACAUACAACAUCAACAACUAGCUGUUGGUUUAAAUAACACACAACAUCAACAACUAGCUGUUGGUUUAAAUAACAUACAACACAAACAACUAGCUGUUGAUGUAAGUAUUGUACAACAUAAACAACUAGAUGUUGGUUUAAAUACCGUACAACAAACAACUAUCUGUUGGUUUAAUACCAUACAAUAUAAACAACUAGCUGUUGGUUUGAAUAUGUACAACAUAAACAACUACUUGUUGAUUUAAAUAACGUAAACAACUAGUUGUUGAUUUAAAUAACGUACAACAUAAACAACUAACUGUUGAUUUAAAUACCGUACAACACAAACAAGUAGCUGUUGAUGUAAAUAUUGUACAAUGUAACUAGCUGUUGGUUUACAUACUGUACAACAUAAACAACUGAUGUUGGUUUAAAUACUGUACAACAUAAACAACUAGCUAUUAAUUUUCCUGCUGCAGAGCAACAUACUGGGAACCUCUCAAGGUCACACUCCAUCCCACGACCACUCCUACUUAGAAGCCCUGCGUGUUAUCGUGUUUACUGCGAUCACAUGCUAAGCUAACCGCUUGCCACUUCUACUCGAUUUUGUCAAGUUUGUGAUGUUAGUGUAGUUUUGUACUGCAAGGGAGUGUGAUUGUGUGUUUUUUUCUUGUGCGCCUUCAAGUUUGGGUGAAAGUGUUUGAUUUGAGUGUGACUGGUGUAAGUUUUCCAAGGGAACAUUAAACUCUAUAUUGAUAUAUAUUUCCUGCUAUAUGGUGGACGUUUAUGUUUGAAGUCCAGUGAAGAUAAAACAGAUGAGAAUGGCUUUCAUUUGCAUGAAACACGACACAUUUUGAAGGAAUCUGCCUUUUUGUGUGUCAAACGUGCUUGGGAUAUACUGUACUCAGUUACUGUAAGCCUAAAAUUAUAAAGUAAAUAGAUGUUUUUUUUUUAUUGAUAUAUUUUAUUAAUAAUUUUUCAAAUAAAACAUGAUCGGUCAUAAUUACAAAAAAAAUUAAAUGAUGGAAAAAUACUUAAAAAUAUUAACACUAGCAUUUAAAAAACAUUUAAAUUUAAUAAUUUAGUUAUAAAAAACAUAUUCAAGAAUAUGAGUAGCAUAGACAAAUCUAUAAUUGUUGUAUUACAUUUUUUUUACUUAUUUAUACAACUUUGGGUUAGGGAUAUUUUGCUUUUGAAAAUGUAUAUUUAGGUGGAAAUGCCCCAAGACUGUAAAGAAAGGAUAUUAAACAUAAAAUAAUAAAUAAUAGUAAAAUCUGGGGGCGGCGUGGCUCGGUUGGUAGAGCGGCCAUGCUAGCAACUUGAGGGUCCCAGGUUAGAUUCCAGCUUCCGCCAUCCUCGUCACUGCCGUUGUGUCCUUGGGCAAUUCACUUCACUCUUGCUCCCAGUGCCACCCACACCGGUUUAAAUGUAGAUAAUGGGUUAAAGUGCUUUGAGUCUCUAGAGAAAAAGUAGUAUAUAAAUAUAAUUCACUUCACUAAAGUUAAGUACAUGUCAAUAGAUUUUUAAAUUUUUUUGUUGAUGAAAAGAGGUAAAAAAAAUAAUACAUAUGUGAUAUUCCUAAAAAUACAAUAGAAAAUGUU